UGUCAUGGAGUUCAAAUUGAAGAAAGAAAAAGAUUUUAAAUCAGACAUGCCUAAUUCCAAGUAGCUGUCAAUUGGAAUUAUGUAUAGUACAGUAUUUUUUUACAAAAGUUACAAAACAGUUCAUAUAUCUUAUAUUUUUGGCCUUUUCUCAUCUUUUUUGAAGAUCUUCUCUCACUUAAUACGAUAUACAUAAUACAAUUCUUGACUUGGCCCUCUAUGAGGGCAUAAAGGCAUGAGGAACAAAAAGAAGAUAAUACAAACAAGUGACGACCACUUAUAUUACCACCACUACCAUCAGCACCGUUUCCUCUACACUCCUGUAGUGUUGAAGUACUCCUGCACCACGCGUAUUGAUUUUGCAUCGCUCCACCCUCGGACCACCAAGUUCUGACAAUUCAUUGUUACAGACGAAAUUCAUUUGAUAUGUGGUUUAUUAGCAAAAAGGGAUAUUCGAAUACGUUUUAUUAAAAACUUGGUUAUGCAUCCGUGGCCCUUUUUGGAAAUUAUAUACGUGCAAUAUUAGAAUAUUUUUAAACUUCGUAUUUAUAUUGGUGUUUUGUGUUAUUAUUUAAACAAGACCUUUCUAUAUAGUAAAGGACUGCAAAAUCUUUGAAGUUCCUAGAUGUGAAGAAUACAGUGCAAUACCUACAUGUUCACAAGCACAACGACUUUCAUCUGUAUAUCAUGGGACUUGGCCUGUGGAACGAAGUCUUCAUAUUAAUCAGCAAAUACUUUCAAGUCAUCAAAAUACAUCUAAUAGACUGCUUAAUGACAUAACCAGUGUUAUGAGUUUUUCUUCAAGUUUUGGUAUGGGGACUGGUAGUUCCCUGGAAACGCAAGGUCAGCGAAGGCUUGGUGUAAAAGUUGAUGUUGUCUAUAGCUUGCUUGGAAUGUUAGGUAGCACAGAAGGCCGUGAAGAUAUGAGUGCAACUUUGCUUUCAAUGACUAGUUCAGUGGAUAGCUGCUUGGCAAUGAGACAAUCUGGAUGUUUGCCUUUACUUGUUCAGUUAAUUCAUGCACCUGAUCAAGAUCCUGACACACGUAGCCGAGCUUCUCAAGCCCUUCAUAAUGUUAUACAUGCAAGAAGUGAUGAAAGAGCUGCUCGUCGAGAAGUUCGAGUGCUUAGACUACUAGAACAACUAAGAGACUAUUGUCAGAUGUUGAGAAAGUCACUAAAAACGGGGCAGAUAUUCAAUGAUGAGGAAAAACAUCCCGGACCAUCUGCUGUACCAACAGCGUUAAUUGCAGCCUUAAUGAAGCUCUCUUUUGAUGAGGCGCAUCGACAUGCUAUGUGCCAGCUUGGUGGUUUGCAUGCAAUGGCUGAAUUAAUUGAAAUGGAUCAUGCAGCGCACGGUAAUGAAUGCGACGAUCCAAAUUGCGUAACACUCAGAAGAUACGCAGGGAUGGCUUUAACCAAUCUUACUUUUGGCGAUGGCAACAACAAAGCUCUACUCUGCUCGUUUAGAGCAUUUAUGAAAUCUUUAGUCACGCAACUUAGAAGUAACAGCGAUGAUCUUCGACAAGUAACGGCUAGUGUAUUGCGAAAUUUGUCUUGGCGAGCUGACAGUUGCAGCAAGAAAACAUUAAGAGAAGUCGGAUCUGUAACAGGAUUGACAAAGGCUGCAAUGGAGGGACGUAAAGAAUCUACUCUUAAAUCUAUUUUGUCUGCACUCUGGAAUCUUUCAGCUCACUGCAGUACUAAUAAAGCAGACAUAUGUGCUGUUGAAGGAGCACUAGCUUUUCUUGUAGACAUGUUAAGUUAUAAGGCCCCAUCUAAAACAUUAACUAUAGUCGAAAAUGCAGGAGGCAUAUUAAGAAAUGUGUCCAGUCAUGUAGCAAUACGAGAAGAUUACCGGGAAAUUCUAAGAGAGAGAGGCUGUCUUCAUGUACUUUUGCGUCAACUAAGAUCUCCGAGCUUAACCGUUGUCAGUAAUGCUUGUGGAGCGCUUUGGAACCUCUCCGCACGAUGUUCUCAGGAUCAGAGAUUACUGUGGGAUUUGGGAGCUGUUCCAAUGUUACGUAGUCUUGUACACUCCAAACAUAAAAUGAUCUCCAUGGGUUCAAGUGCCGCAUUAAAAAAUUUGAUUGGCGCUAGACCGAGUGGUAGCAAUCUUGUUCACUUGGAUUCCACUGCAAGAGGACUUGGAUUUUCCACUCUACCAAGUUUAGUUGCUCGCAGGCAACGAGCCUUGGAACAAGAGCUCGAUCAAAAUUUAGCUGAAACAUGUGAUAACAUAGAGCCUAGUACAUCCCCUAUAAAUAAAGGUGAUAAAUUCUCUUUUAAAGUGGAUCGAGAUUUUGUCGAUAUAACUGGCUCUUGGCAACCAUCUUAUGGACAGACUAGUUCCACAAGUAUAAUAUACAAUGGCGUUGAUCGCAGUGAAAGUAGAGAAUCUAUACAUUCGGCGCCAAGUGCACAUUCAGACACUGUAUUUCAAAGAGUUAAUGGACAAUCUUCUGUUGAUGGAAUUUCAUCGGUGAAUGCACAGAUAAAACAACAAUGUACUUCAUUACCCUCUCCGAUAGGAUUUGAUGUUGGACAAUCAACAGCCAGCUUUGCCGAAUUGAUCUCUACGGAGAACAAAUAUUCUCUCCGUUAUAAAUGUAAAAUUCCAGAUCAUGUAAGAUCAUCAAAUAUUGGAUCGCAAGAUAUUGGAGAUCAAAAAUUUAUAACGUCUACAAUGUCGUGGUCGACCUCUGCACCAGAUCAAGCAUCGGAGUGUUCUCAUACUCUUUUACAAUCUUCCAUUGGAGACACAUUUGUGAAUCAGGAAAGUAAAAAAGGAGGAGGAGGUACAAAAGUAUAUGAAUUGAGACCCGAUGUUUCCAGCAAUAGUAAAAUGAAGGAUUAUUUGAAAUCGUGUUAUGACAUUUCCGAUAAUGAGCCCGUUGCUAGUACUUUGGCAUCUACUACAACUUCCAUAAAUAAGAAUCUCAGAGGUGCAAAAUUGGCAGUUUCUGAUAUAAAGUCCAAUGACAAAUUAUUGCAAGGAGAAUAUGUUGCAUUAGUGGACAAUAGAGAGAAGAUAGGUUUUACUGAACAGCAUGCUGCUGAAUACUUAUUUGACGCUAACUCUGAAGCCAGUGUCAUUCCACCAAUCGAAUAUGACUUGUUGAAUAUAAAACAAAGUGUAAUGGAAAAAGCAAAACAAUCUCAAUUACAAUUACAGGAUGAAGUACUAUUUGCUCAUGAGAUCAACUCUAAAAUACAUUGUAAGGAGGGAAAGACAUGUGAUGCUUUGUCAAAUUAUAUGGAAGUUAUAUGCGAUGCAGAUUUACAAUCUAAGCAGGAAGCUGAAAUUAAAUUCCAUGCGACGGAAAAGCAGUUUGCUGACAUACAGGAAGGCGCACAUACGAUAGAGAAAUCUGGCAGCAGUUUAAUGAAUAGUAAAAUUGUUCAUACUCCAAUAUAUUUCAACGACAUAGAAAAUGCUUGGCAGGAAUUACCGAACUCUGGUGAUAUUCAUUAUACAAAAUCUUUGGGUAGAAAUGCUUUUAAAAUUCAAAAUCAAAAUGAAGAAAUGAUGGAAAAUGGACGAGCAAUCCAUAAGAACGAACUUUCAACUGAAUACUCUAUUAAAAAUUACGUUGGAAAAGCCAUUGCGACAGAUGGACAUUUUUCGGGCAAUCACUUCUCUGCUUCAAAAAAAUUUCAGGAACCCGAUAGCAGCAACACGCAAACUAUUGAGCUAUUAAGCCCCCUAACUCAAAAGACUUUGAUUGAACGACAGAUGAAUGAAUCUCAAAAUAAUGUUAAUGUUAUUUCAGAAACUGGAAUGACAGAUCUGAUUUGCCAGACAAGCCAAAUGUGUUUGGCAUCUCCGACGAUGAAAGACAAACCAAAAAUUGUCACCAAACAUAAAGAGCCGGAAUUAAAAUUAUCUGAUAAUCACACCGAACGUAAUGUAUCAAAGGAAGCAAGUAUUACCGCUACCGCAAGCUAUAAUGUUAGUGGUGGAAAUACUGAUAAGAAAGAUUUACUUACUACUUGUUUAAGCACUGAUGUGCAAAAUAACAGGGGUAAACAGCUGUUUAGAAAGAGCAGUAUUAAAAAAAUGCAAAGAACAAGUAACCUAGCUCGCUAUGAAACAAGAUCUUCCCUUGAUCGUGUGGAGAAUGCUGAUUCAAUAGCAAUAAAUCGUGAACCUGUAAACCAUACGAAAUCAAAAGAUGAUAUGGAAAUAAGGGCGACAUCUUUUUCAAUGAAUAGUUAUUGCCAAGACUUUAAUAACGUAGAAUAUGAAACCAUGAAAUUUAACACUGAAUUAUCGAACAUUGCCAAAAAUGAUGAAGACUCUGCCGACUGUUAUAAAUCAAAGAUUACGCUGGUUCAACCUAAUAUACAAUUCAAUAAUAGUUCUUUGCCAUUUGCAAAAACUGCAAUGAUCUUGACGCACAUUGCACAAGAGCCUGAAUGCAAAGAUGCAACCUUUGGCGGCCCCUCAUUGAGCAGUAGCAACGAAUACGGAGUAAUGAAACUCCUAUUUACUUGUAAGGCUAGUGAAGAAAAUUUUCUUGGAGAUACAGCAUUUGAAACUGCUAUCGUGAAUGCUACAUGUGUACAAGAAAAUCAUAAUCAGGUGAAUCCUCCUAGUUUUAAACCAAAUAAUUCUAUACGAAGUAAUCUCGGUCCUUGUACAUCUUCAUACUUUAUCAAAGAGGACUACGAUAAUACAUUACCUUCCAGUUGUAAAAUGAUCGACAUUAAAACACAUAAGAAUAAUGGAUUAGAAAUUGAUACAAUAAACACCUCAUCUAAAAAGUGGAUCAUAGCACCAACUGAUCAAGAUACUGCAAAUCUGUCAAACAGUCGAGUGAACGAUUUAGUGGAACGAUCUGAACAAACCCUUUUAAAAUUAUGUAUUCGGGCCACCGAUGGCAUAGUUCUAUCAAAUACGGAAGAUAAAAUCGGGGAUUCCGAUGCGGAUUACACUCUAAUCGUUCCGGCAAUUAAGGAGUCACCAUCGGUUACGGGAAAAGUUAUGAUUGAUCAAGAUAAAAUUUUACUUAAAGAAAUGAAUAGUUGGGGCAUAAAUAAAACUUCAAGUGAUGAGCAGGAAAGUGUAAUUAGCGGAUCUAAGUAUUACUCAAUUCAUGGUAGUCGUCCAAUAGAUAAUAUUGCAAUAUCCCAUGGUGGCAUUUCGAAGGAAACAUUGGAAAAGGAAUAUAAGCGACAGCGAGACCCAGAUGCUAUGAUUGCUUCGCUGGAUCGACUUACAGCAGCUUUAGUUCAAGAAACUGAAGCAAUGCGAGAACGAGAUUCUAUUGUAAUGAAACAAAGUGUUGUCAGUGACACAUGGAAUGAGGAUUCUCCGAACGAUAUUUCUUAUCCUAGUAUUAGCGUUAGCCCUCCAUUGGUUGCUUCCUUCAAAAGUGAAACUCAAGAUGAACAAUUCAAUUCAGCUAUGUGGAAAUAUGUCAGAAAUAAUAUUGGUGAACAAUCAAAUAUGUCAGAUUCAAAGAUAAUCCAAACAGAAGCUAUAAAACUCGCAAAAGCAGCCACCGAUCAGGCGAAAAAGCAAGUAGAACUUAAUUCUGUUAGCAUGACUUCUGUUGAUCUUGACACUAUAAAACCUCCUUCUUCGAUGGGCAGUUUAUUGUCCCUUACUAGUAGUUGUACUGGAAUAAUUGACAAUACAGAAGCUGCUGUUGGGCGAGAUUUAUGUCAGUCGACGUCUCUGCCGCCUAUACGGAUGAAGACAAGCAUAACUGAGUGUCCAAAUGCUCGAAAAAAGUCUCUUCCGACUGGACUCGUUGCUAAAAGGGCAUUGAGUCAUGGACAACAUUACACAGGCAGUUUAGAAAAUAUUUUGAAUGAAUACAGCAUUAAUAGUAAUACACAACUAGAGAAUGUCAAACCACCAUCUAUGAUGGAUGAGCUAUUCGAUGUUGGUGAUAUGGAAAAUAGUAUGGUGAGUGUCGCGAGUAUUACAUCUGAAGUUGCAGACAUGAAAGAACAAGAUUUAUUAAGUUUAUCAAAUAGCGAUACAGUGUUUGAUCUUUUGAAACCAGUCGCUAAUGUCUUAUCGAUGACUUGCAUGCGUUAUGCCGAAUCUAUGCAGUUGAGUACAAGUAACAGCCUUAGCGACUGCUUGGAAAAUAUAAACCCACCGUCAUUGUUUAAUGAAGUAAGCGAAAUGGAUGAAUCUAUAAUAGAUGGGGUCACCCAUACAUUGUUUAGCGAUACACUCUGCAUAGAUACAGAAUUGCAAACAGAUGAGAUGUUCCAACCGAUUUCUGUAACAAAAGUCGACGGGAUUGACAAUGAUACAGAUAAUGCCGCAACUUCUACACCCACUGAAUACUGUAUUAGCAGUUCGCCGGAGUCUAUGCAGAAAAAACGCUUCACUAAAAGUCAUUUAACUCCAAAACAGAAACGGCAAUUGGCGAAGGAGCGUUACAAGACUUAUACUAUCGCGGCAGAGAUGGUUAAAAAAGAAGGAGAACGAAAAAAGCAGGAAUUUGUGGAUAAUAAAGUAACGAUGAAGUUUACCGGUAAAUGUUCUCCCUUUUCAAAACUUACGCCUAGGCAGCGUAGACAAGAGGACAAAGCCAGAUUCCAGACCCAAGUACUUUGCAAUUCAUUAAUUGCUGCAAUGCAGAAUACAUGCAUUGAUGUAGAGCAACGAGAUGAGCAAAAAUAUGUAAAACAAGGAGAUGAGCAGAAAUAUGUAGAGAGCCUACAUUUGCCUGAAACAAUCAAAAGUUCUGCAUUUUCCUCAAAAUCAAUUAUACCUAUAUUUAAGAAAUCCGAAGAUAAAACGAAGAGACAAAGACAUGUCACUUCUACAGGAAAUAAAGAGCAGCAUCAUACUAAAACUUUGAGUGAAAUUGAUUACAUUUUAAGUGGACUGUCGAGCGGGUCUACUACUAACAUAGCAACAACGAAUAAUAAAAUUUGCGAAGAAGAAAUUUUAAACAUUUCUUCGGAUGAAAUGGAAAUUAUGUUGAAGCGUAAUGCCAAUAUAGUGUUGAGUACUUUGCGUGAAUCGGACAUUUGUAAGGAAGCUAUUGGUCACGAACCUUUACUUGAUUGUGAAACUUUGAGCUUGGUGUCAAAUGAUUCUGAGUCAGAACGUAGUUUAAGAAUGCAAGUUGUUGAUACAAUUCAUAAAAAGCUUAUAAAUUCUUCUAUAUCUCAGGCUAGUACCCCUGGAAGUUUUGGUUUCGAAAUGAAUAAGAAUCGAAUGCACGCAAUCAAAAGAGAAAUUCAAAGUCCAGCAUUAAAGCAAGACGAUGACGGCCGAGAUUGCUCUCUAUCGGAAGAAAAUGAUGAAUUCAACCGUGUAGAAGAACAGCCAAGGAUAGUAAAAGGACCCCGUAUAUUAAAGCCGGAUAUGAGAAGCAGAGAUAAUAGUCUAGAUUCCAGCACUACUGAAAAAUCGGACGCCGAAAGCUGUAAAGCCAUUAGAGGAAAACGAAAGACACUAUAUUCUACUCAAACAAUUCGUAAAUCUACCCCGCAGCCCUCCCCAUUUAAAACAAUAAGUUCCACUCCCAGUGGAAUACCAAUCGGACGCAGUAAUACCUCAUCAACCGUUAGAUCAACCAGAGCUAUUAUACUGAGACAGAAUAAUAAACCUCCUAAUUGUACAUCGAGAGGAUUUCACAGAUCGAAAACGAAUUUAAAAACUUCACUAGUAUCUGAAAAUAUGCAAAAACAAAAAAGAAGCAUUGAUCUUACAGCAAAUAAAAACUCAAUAUUGCCAACUGGGAGAAAUGCUCUCAUUCAUGCCAAAUCCAUUAAGCAUUUUAAUUCACCUCAAACUUCUGGCAUAAAUUUACAUAAAGAAACUCCAAAGCAAUCACAUAUAAAACCACUAGAAAGGCAAGGAACAUUUACCAAAGAUGAACCCGAAGUAAAAAAUGCACCAACUGUACUUCCACCUAUGUCGCCAAGUUAUAGCAAAAUAGCAAAACCCAUCAAAAAUUCAUCUUCUGCAACAUGUGUUACAGGCGGAAAGUCAAAAAUAUCUAUUAGGACGGUUGAAGGAAUUCAUCAGUCUAACAUUUCGAAGGUAGCCAACGUGGAUAAGAAACAAUCCUCAAAAGGUAUUCUAUCAUCUACAAUGCCAAAACGACAACCUGCGAGAUCUUCUAUUGGAGGAAUGGCUAUUCCACAAAAUAAUCGUGUUAUUCAAACAAGCAACAGAAAAAGUUCUAUAAGAAAUGUUUCAUUACUCGGUCAAAGAUCUAAUAGCAAUUCAAGCAUUUUAUCAAAUUCUUCACAUUUAUAUCAAGGGCGACAAUUGAUAAGGGAUGCAUCGAGCAACAUCGGUAGUUUAUCGAAAAAAGUUGAACAAAAUAAGAAUAAACAGUGCUCGGAAAAGCCGGACAUAAAACAAUGGAUUCCAUCUGCUGAAACCAGUACUGAAGUGGACGUGUCCAUUAUGCCGAAUAAGCCACAAAACUUUAGAAUAAUUCGUAGUUCGACGUUUGAAGGAAUUCCUCAAGAUACCAUAGGUAGCUCCUUAUCGCAAAAACCAAACUCUAAUCUCCACUUUAAAAAUGCCGACGUGCAAGCAAAUAAAAUGAAGUAUCGUAAUUCUUGCGAUUUAAGUGGUAUGAGAAUAGCAGAUGCUCCGUGCAAAAUACAGGUAAAAUAUGCAGAGUCCAAACCUAACAAGAAAGACCAUGAUCUAAACGAAGAUGAUGUCAUAGAGGGCAGGAAACAGCAAAAUACACAAAAACGCAAUGAACCUGAUUCAGGUGUUACAAAACGUUUGUCCCGCCUAGGCUCGUUUAUCAGUGUAGAAUCUUCAGAAUCAGGCCUGCUACAAACGUAUGCUGGUGCACAUAAUAGUAUUAGCGUAUGUGCGCCAACUUCGGCUGUUGUUCUACCGUUUAAUUUUAAUCUAAAGCAAGACAUCUCAUUUAAGCCAGAAAAAAUAAAUCUUGACAACAGUGACGGCAAAAUGGAAAAAUCUGAGUACGCAAUAGAGAUAAAUACUGAAUCUAUGAAAGUCACCGCUGUAUAAUGUGAAGUUCAGAUACGAAUGCAGUCUCAUUUGUCAUGGGUUUUAUUUUAUCAUUCGCAUACAUUUGUUAACAGAUCUUAAAUUGAUCUUGUAUUGUUUUAUUUUUUAUUCUCUUGUUCUUAACGGCAGAAUUUACUGGUUUUUUUUAAUAACAGGUGCACUUAGCUUCAUUACAAUAACUAUCAGAAGUGAUAAUUUACAUGUUGUAUCCUUAUGAAAACUAUUUAGACGGAACUCAAUUAGAUGUCUCAUGGUUAUGAUUAGAAAAAAUGGCACAAUUUCUAUCGAUCCUAAUUAUUCUCAUAUAUAAUAUCGAACUCAGAGAAAUGUUCUUUUUCCUUAGAUUCUAAAUUUGUUUAAUACUGCUUGUCAUGAUAAAUCCUAAGAUAUCUUGAAAAUAUAUGGCAUAAGAAAUCAUUUAGCAUGUAAGAAAUACUAUAUUUUAAAUAGGUGCAUUAUUGAAUAUCCAAUUUUUAAUGAAAUAUUUCAAUUAUGCAUCAAGGCAAAGACUAAUAGACGAACCAAUGGGAGAUCAAUUCGUUAAAAAUAAUAUUAUCAUACUCGAAAAAAUUUUUUUCUCAAGUAUUUCUUAUAGACAACAUUUACUAUGUAUUUAGACAGAAGUUCAGUUGCUUUAAUCGUACAGAACGAAAGGGAUAAAGGUAGGUUUAAACGCUAAGACAAAAAUAUUAAUUAAGGUUAAAUUAAAUGUAUUAAUUACAAAAACCAUUUCGAUUUACACAAAAAUUCAAACAUGUAAAAAAAAACAUUUAACGUAAAAAUUAUUCAACAAAAUUUUCUUUGGUACUUGGUUUUUUUUCGUGAAAAUGAAUAAUUUCAUGUCAUUGGUUUGGAUAUUCCACUGCAUAUUUCAUGAGUUUUGGUAAAGAAUUUAAGAAUCCAGUCUAUUGAUUGGAGAUACGGAGCAUGGAAAUCAUGAAAUGCUUGAAUUUAAUAAAAAUUUUAUUGAAGUGCACUAGAAACAUUUUGCCAUUAGCUUCACAAUUCAUUGCAGUGGAUCUUCAAAAGUAAUAAUGAACAAAUUAAUGGCUGAUUCGUAUGGUUCCGAUUUAGCAUAUUCCGCUUGGAUCCGAAACAACUCAUUCCUUCAUAUCUCUAUUAGAGUAGACUCUCAUGAUUAAGUGAACGUUCUCGGAAGCAUAGGGAAAGACGAUUCCAAGAAAAAAAGAGUGCCCACAUUUCAACAUUUCUUUAUCAGACUUCAUAAUCUUUAUUUGUUUCCAAACAUUUACGUUUGUGUAAACAUUUUAUGCCAAAUUCGGAUAACAGCAUUUUCAUGCUCCACGACUAGUUAGACCUUUGUUAGUCAGUCGACAGAGCUUCUAGAAAGUUAUGUAUAAUAAGUUGAAUAAAAAUUUUAGUCUUAGAUAAAAAUUUUCAAAAACUUCCGUCACAUUAUAUAUAGUACAAAUAACACGCAUGCCUGUAUUCUUUCCAUA